UCGUUACGUGGCUGUGGAAAACCAAAACAGUGCGGUGAUGUGGGCUGAUCAGUUUAAAACACACUAAAUAACACAGAAUAGAGGAAAACAGCAGGAAAACGCCCACUUUCAGAUCAAUAUCGAGAAGCGGAAGAUGUCUAAACUGCAGGUCGAUAACUAAACCCCGGCCUUUCUCCCGGUUAAACUUGUGUGAGAGUGAUCAGAGUGACUCAGCUGUGCGAAAUCCGCUGAUAAAUGCUCUGAUCAGCGGCGGCAGCAGCAGCACGGUUCUCCUGAUCAGCCCCUUCAGAGAGCCGGUGAGGCAUGGCCGAGGACUCGUCUCUCUCCUCGCUGGAGUUCAGCUCCUCGCUGCCUCCUCCCCGAACCCGCAUCUUCAAGAUCAUCGUGAUUGGAGACUCCGGCGUGGGCAAGACCUGCCUGACCUACCGCUUCUGCGCUGGCAGGUUCCCGGAUAAGACGGAGGCCACCAUCGGGGUGGACUUCAGGGAGAAGGUUAUAGAAAUCGACGGGGAGAAAAUCAAGGUCCAGCUGUGGGACACGGCCGGGCAGGAGCGCUUCCGCAAGAGCAUGGUGCAGCAUUACUACCGGAACGUUCAUGCUGUUGUCUUUGUGUACGAUGUGACAAGCGCCGCCAGCUUCCGGAGCCUCCCGGCAUGGAUCGAGGAGUGUCGGCAGCACGCCCUGGGCCAGGAGGUGCCCCGUAUCCUGGUGGGCAACAAGUGCGAUUUACGACACCUGUCUCAGGUGAGCACGGAGCUGGCACAGCAGUUUGCAGACGCCCACUCCAUGCCUCUUUUUGAGACAUCAGCCAAAAACCCUCACGGUGGUGAGGAGGGUGGUGGCCGCAACAGCAGUGAUCAUGUAGAGGCCAUCUUUAUGACUGUGGCCCACAAGCUGAAGUCCCAGAAGCCCCUGGUGCUGAGCCAGCCAGCUGGGGGGAAUAUAGUCAAUCUGGGGGGGCGGGGCGAGCAGGAGGAGCAGCGGGGGAAUUGGGGUGGCUGCUGCUGGAGGAGCUAGUUAGAGAGUGGAGUAGAAUCAUCCUGCAUUUUUAAGACGACUCAAAAGGGCGAGGAGUCGGAAGUUUAAGGUAGGGCCAGUGAAAUGGAUUGAUAAACUUUGGCACAUUUUUGUGGCAAAAGGGAGUUCACCAAUUCUGAACUGGUGUACAAUAGUGAGAGAGUAGACAUAAGGGAAUUUUAUGCGGGCAACAAAGUGCAUCCCAGGCAUUAUAGUCAUGCUACAUACGCUAUGUACCCAGUGUCUGUAAUGAACUGAAGCCUGUAGAUGUUAUCUUUACUGACAAGUUCCAGAGAGAGGUCUAAGGCUACAUUCACACAGCAGGUCCAGUGUGCCAAAUCUGAUUUUCUGACCAAAUCCGAUAUUUAUUUAAAGGCUGUUUACACAAACUUGUUAAUGUGACCCAUGUGGGACAUUUGUCUGAACAGUUUGUACUGUGUUACUAAUGUGCAUGCGCAAAAGAGCAAUGCUUUACAAAAAGUUUUGGUUUCAUUUGUUUCAGAAUCAUGGGAGCUAUACAGCAUUUGAGCUCACUGUAAAAAAGGUUUGAAUUCCGGCCACGAACACUGCCUCUUCAAAUUUCGUUAUUAUUAUUUAAUUAUUUAUUUUAUUUCUGAUUUGUUCCCAUUUUCUCCCCAAUUCGCACGGCCAAAUAACCAACCCACUCAUUUGUACUUCCCUUAUCACUAGUGAUGCCCCAACACCAGGAGGGUGAAGACUAGCACAUACCUCCUCCGAUACAUGUGAACUCAAACUCUGCCUCUUUUUGAACUGCUGCUGAUGCAUUGUUGAGAAGCAUCACAGCGCACUCGGAGUAAAGCGCAGCAACUCGGUUCUGAUACAUCAGCCCACAGAUGCCUUGUGCAGAGAGAGAGCGCCAUCUACUCACCCAGAGAGAGCAAGACUAAUUGUGCUGUCUCAGGGCCCCAGUAGCCGAUGGCAGGUAACACGAACAGGAUUUGAACCGUCGAUCUUCUGACAAAAUUUUUAAAAGCUUUUUAUUUUUCUUCCCUGUAACCACCAUUUGGCCUUUUUAUUAAGAAUGUGGUGUAUUUGCACCAGAAGCCUAAUAUUAUUGGAACUGAGACAUCACCUCAAUAAUGUAAAAGGUCUGUUAAAUCACUAUCCCGAUUUGGAAACCCUAACUCACUGCGAUCUCUUUUUCAUUCUACUUACUGCCUUUUUUUCCUUUCCUUGAGGUAAAAGUUACAUUUCAACAACACCCAGCUGUUUGGACAGUCACAUUGCCAUUAAACGGAUGUGCAACGGAUAUCAGUACCACAAAUUAAAGUGGCUCAAAUUGGAGUUAAACAUGUCAGAUUCAGUGUGUUUUUGCUGUUCACACUGCCACACAAAUGACAUAUAAUUGUCACAUAAUGAAAAACAUCAGAUUUAAGGGCUUUUAUCUACUGUGUGAACGUAGCCUUAGUUCAUCUGAUUGUCACCUUGCAAAAUAGAAUAAUACAAUACAGAUCUCUAAAUGAAGGCUACAGGGGACUAGACUAACACGCAUACACACAAACAGUCAAAAGGCUCCAACAGGCUUCUCUGGGGUCCCAGGGGAACAUCAGAUAAAUAUCAAGGGAAAUGAGAAGACAACACUAAUAUUGUCACUUGUCAGAACACAAGAAGGAUCAGAAUGAUCGUUUUCUUUCUUUUUUUAUCAUAUUUGUACUGUAACUCACAAAAAAUGCACAAAGAAAGCUGAACGUUUAUCCACAUGACCACAAUCAUUCAGGUGAACUAACAUUUCUAUGAAUAGGAAUGGUCAUCCAUAAGAGAGUGAAAUCACAAAGAAGGCUUUGCUCUCACCUCAUUUCUCAUGACUCGUUGUGUCCAGUGUUUUAUGUAAUACUCUAUAUGAACAUAAGGCGACUGUAAACGCCUUGUGAUGUUUAAAAAGAAGCAGUUGCCUCCAAUAUAUGCAGCACAUACUCCUCAUAUAUGACCCUUACCUCACAUAGUGCACCGUGUUUGCUCAGCGCAUGGCCUUACCAUACUACUACAGCAUCCGUACCCAGCUGCAUCCGUCGCUCGUUCAUCCGUUAAGUGUACCCCUUCAGAAGAUGUACUGGACACUGGCACUCUGCUUCAGGGUUGCAGCAUACCUCAGUAUGUAUUACAGGUCGUCCAUACAUGUCACGCUUUUCUGCAGUAAAAAAUGUUUUGGACUGAAUCCUGCCUUGCUUUUCCAGCAUGCCGGAGGUUCCCUUUCCCUGCGGUGCCACAGCAGGUUCUGUGGUGAGCACUUUGAAAAAAUUCCUUAGUCCUGCCAUUCCUGGUGUUUUAAUUUAGAUUUAGGAGUUUAGUCAAUUCAGUCAAAGAGCUUAAGAUGAUCAUUGAGUGACAAAUCAAAUGAUUCCUUUAGUUAUUCUCUGGUCAGGUUUGCAGUGGGUGCAAGGCUGCAAUGCCCCCUGGAAAAAGCUCCAGUCCAUUACAGGGGGUAAAGAUAUCAUGUAAUUAAAUAUUUGGUGUCUUAACUUUAGAUUUUGCAGUUACAUUGUUUGGUUACGUUUACUUAAGAUUUUUUUGAUUGGUCUUAAACUUUGUGUAAAUGUAAUUUGUUUGCGCUUUAAUAAACCAAAACUUAAAAAUGGCCAUUUCUUAUUUAGUUAACUAGCACAUAUGCCUCAGUCGAAGUCAAUAUAAAAAGAUUUAAUUCUAAGACAUUUUAGAGUAUUUCUGUUGGCCCAUCCAUCAUUAAAUUUUGACACAAUGUAAAGAGAAACAAGUACCAGAUCUUGUUAAAGAAAAAAAAUGAAAAAUGUAAGGUUUUUGCAUUAAUUAAAAUAAAAAAAUAAGCACUGUUUUUAUUUGAGUUAUGCAGUAUCCCAUAAACCUGGUUCGUAACCAACCUCCCACUCACACACACUGAGCAGCCUGAAGAUUCCCCACAAGAGGGCGCAUUUAGUACUUGAAUAGCUUUGGUGCAUUGCAUCAGUGAUAUUACGUGUCCUUUGUUAUAAUAGACAUGUUGCUCCAGGGCACAACUAAAAAAGCACAUUUGUCAAAAAUAUAUCUAUAUCUAGGGUAGAAGACAGGUGGCAGGUAAUCCUUUUUGCCAAACUGUAACUUUAAAGAAAGCUUUUAUUUAUAACUUGAAGACUUCUGACUGCCAUAAGAGGAGGAGCAUAAGAAGAUAAGGUUUUAUAGGUGAUACUGGGUUCUGGCUCAGGUAAGAUGGGCCCGCAAUUGCAGGUUAGGGUUCUCAAAGUUUUGUGCUAGAGGGCCUCUGUCUGGACAUUAGUUACUAUGUUUAGUAAUUCUUAGUUUUUUUUUUUGGGUGCAUUUGAGCAGGGAAACUGCAGGCUUCAAGGACUAGAACUGAAGACCCUGGUGUAGGCCAUUGAAAGACAUUCUCUAAACAGUUAAUACAAUCUUAACGCUGCAAUGUUUUAUUACAUUGGCAUAGUUGCUCAUUUUGCAAUUGGAUGGUUGGUUUUAUUUACAUAUUUUUCUGCCAAAAUUUGUUUAAGUGUCCUUUUCAAUUGAAAUGUUUUAUUUCUUCAGUGUACCUUUAAAUAAUUUUUUUUUUAUUGUACAUCAGGUCAUCUAAAUGUUUGAUCGAACCUCACAUCACGUGUUACUACAUGGCUGUGCAUAUCAGACUUUUUUGUGCCAGUUCACAACCAUGUCACUGAUAAGGGACAAAGCAGAAGAGCCAACUCUGAGAAAGCCUGUCUGUUUUUCAUUUCAGUGAGAUAUUGGAAUAAAGCACUAUAUCAAUUUCAAA